GGUACACCACUUCUUUACAAGCUCAAAUCCACUUGUAUUUCGAUAUGUCGUGGGUCGUAAGAUAAGGGAUAUUGGCAAGAGGUUUGAUGAAAAUGUUUUGCAGAUGAAUGCUUUUAAGUUUGUUGUGAAACUUGUAGAAAGGCCGAUUCAGAUCAAUAGAAGGGAAGAAACCUCCUCCUUUGUGAAUACUCUGACGGUUAUUGGAAGAGAUGCUGACAAAGAAAAAUUAGUAAGGUUGUUAUUGUCCCCUGGUGAUGAGGAGAAUGUUGCCAUCAUUCCCAUAGGGGGAAUGGGAGGUCUGGGGAAGACCACACUUGCACAAUUGGUAUACAAUGACGAUAGGAUUCAGAAACAUUUCACCAAAAGAUUGUGGGUCUGUAUUUCUAAUGAUUUUGAUGCAUGUCAAAAGAAUCCUAAUUAAAUUAUUGCAAGCGGGUGAUCCCAAUGGGGACGCUAGUUAUAGUAGCGAAGGACUUGAGCAGUUGCAAAACCGAGCUAGAAAUGUGUUAUGCGAAGAUAAGUUUGUCCUUUUUCUGGACGACAUCUGGAAUGAGGACCGUGUAGUGUGGAAAAAAUUGGAGAAUUUGUUAAUAACGCAAGGGAGAGGAAGCAAAAUUGUUGUAACCACACGUAGUAAGAAGGUUGCUUUAAUUGUCAGAACGAGCACCGUGAAACCAUAUGAACUUAGAGGUCUUUCAGACGAUGAAUGUUUACAUAUAUUGGUGAAAUGGGCAUUUAAAGAAGGGGGUGAGAGUAAGCAUCCGAACCUAGUCAACAUCGCUAGAGAAAUAGAGAAAAAGUGUGGAGGUGUACCUCUUGCGGCGAGGACCUUAGGAGCAUUAUUGUUUUCUAAAAUAAAUGAGCAUGAUUGGUCGUCCGUGAGGGACAGUGAAAUGUGGGCUAUUGUACAAAAGGAGAAUGAUGUCUUACCGAUAUUGAGGUUGAGUUAUGACCAAAUGCCAUCAUAUUUAAAACCCUGCUUUCAAUAUUGUUCAUUGUUUGAGAAAGUUGAAGACAUUUAUGGAAGGAAGUUGAUUUACGCUUGGAUUGCCCUAGGGUAUGUCCAAUGCUUAGACCCGAAUGAAGAAUUAGAGGACAUAGGUGAAGGAUAUAUUCUUGAGCUUGUAAGGAGGUCCUUUCUUGAACUACAUUAUAGCAUCUUUCCUAUUCCAGUUAGAAGGGAGACGCAUAAAAUGCAUGAUCUUGUUCACGACCUAGCACAAUAUGUGCCUGGUAAUGAAUGCUUGACCAUUAAAGGGGCUAUUCCCGAGGCAAUUCCUGAUACAAUUCGCCACGUAUCAUUCGGUUCAAAUACAUAUUGCACAUUUCCAAGACCUUUGAUGGAAGCCAAGAAGUUGCGGACCAUUUUCUACCCAGUGAAAAUAGGGCCCACGUUUGGAUCAUCUAUUGAGCCAGAAAUCGCAAGUUUUGGAUGCUUACGUGUGCUAGACGGACGGGAUUUUGACGACAGCAUUUCCUUGCCAGAAAAUAUAGGGAAAUUGAAGCUGUUAAGGUAUAUUAGUAGAGCUAACAAUCUCCCAAAAUAGCAUUGCAAGCUAUUAAGCUUGCAGUACUUGAAACUCUCUGAGUCACGGGUCGACAAAUUGCCGGUAGAUUUCUGGAAACUAAUUAACCUGCUGUUUUUGUGCUUGUCAACGACAUCGACUUGCCUUCCGAAAAAAGGAAUCAGUAGGUUAACUUCUCUCCGAAUGCUGUUCAUUUUCAGUUGUUUUCAAUUUGACGUCUUUGGGUGAAGGGAUAGAACGUCUCUCUUCUCUCCGGGAAUUGGCCAUAAUGCGCUGUUAUAAGCUGGUUUCGUUGCCAGCUGGCUUAAGGCACCUCACUCCCCUCGAGGUUUUGGCAAUUCAUAGCUGUGAAAGCUUUAAUUUCUAGGAUGACGACGAUAUUAAGGGGCUUACAAGCCUUAAUACACUAAGUCUAAAAGAUC